CGCAGAUCGCAGCGUAUGAGUCGUGGGCGGAUCAAUCAUUUCGAGACUGAAGCAAGUACCCGCACCAUAUUAAAGUAUACUCCCUCUUCGCAACCAUCACCACGGCGUCCCAAUCCACAGCCACCGACGCUCCUACAUCCUCAACACCCCCACGGCGUCCAGCAGCAUUCGCACGAGCAACAACCGCCGAGGAGAAGCUCGAAGUACUCGACCACGUCAAAACCGCUCGCGAUACCCUUUGGGACCCCAGGUUCACCCGCCGCGAGCCACCCGAAAUCCGCCUCAACCCCACCCACGUCGGUACACUAAGCGUGGGCGACCGGAGCGACAGCAACAUCAGCGUGCGCAGCCUUGGCGGCGGCAGCAAAGUCGAGCCCAUGGACAAACGGCACCCAUCGAGCUUUCAGCAGCUCGAAAAGUUGGGCGAGGGAACGUAUGCAACCGUCUUCAAAGGCCGUAAUGGCCAAACCGGCGCCUUCGUAGCGCUCAAAGAGAUUCACCUUGACAGCGAAGAAGGCACACCCAGCACAGCCAUCCGCGAAAUCUCACUGAUGAAAGAACUCAAGCACGAGAACAUUGUGAGCUUGUACGAUGUUAUUCACACCGAGAAUAAGCUCAUGUUGGUGUUCGAGUACAUGGAUAAGGAUUUGAAGAAGUACAUGGACAGCUAUCACAACCCGAAUGGUGGACCGAGAGGAGCACUGGAUGCGCCGACAAUCAAAUCCUUCAUGUGGCAGCUCAUGAAGGGCGUGGCGUUCUGUCACGACAACCGCGUACUACAUCGCGACCUUAAGCCCCAAAACUUGCUUAUCAACAACCAAGGGCAGCUCAAGCUGGCAGAUUUCGGGUUGGCGCGUGCAUUCGGCAUCCCAGUCAAUACAUUCUCGAACGAAGUAGUUACGCUUUGGUACCGCGCACCAGAUGUCCUACUCGGUUCGCGCACCUACAAUACUUCCAUCGACAUCUGGUCCGCCGGCUGCAUAAUGGCGGAGAUGUUUACGGGUCGGCCACUCUUCCCUGGCACGACCAACGAAGACCAACUCCUCAAGAUCUUCAGACUGAUGGGUACGCCAUCCGAGCGCUCAUGGCCAGGCAUCAGCCAGUUCCCAGAGUACAAGACUACCUGGCCCGUGUACGCGACCCAGGAGCUGCGAAAUUUACUCCCUAGUGUGGACGCAGCCGGUCUGGGACUAUUAGGUCAAAUGCUGCAGAUGCGCCCGGAGAUGAGGUGUUCCGCUCAACAGGCUCUGCAGCACCCAUGGUUUGCGGAGUUUCAGCAGCGAGAGGCGGCGAGGGCGGGGCAACAAGCUGCGUUCCGGUAGGACCGAGAUUUGGCUGAGUUGAGUUCUGCGUUUGAAGGGGAAGAUAUAGCGAGUGAUAAAAGUCCGGUAGUGGGUAACGGCUCUGCUGGCGUCACGGAAUUUGCGCAAUCUGCUUGACGCGACAGGAUGAUUAUGGCAUGCGCGGAGUUGGUGGGUGAUUGUGCUAUUACGGGCCCAUGGCUUGGCAUGGUACCUGCAUGCGUUACUAUUGCAUUUGCCCGACCGUAACAGCGACUUGCUUGCAUGGUCUGCC